GCUGGGGGUCCAGCAAUGGGUGGGACAGGAGGGUGGGAUGUCCCAAAAGUGGGGGGGGGGCCCAGGGCUCAGUGUCCCCAUCCCCAGUGUGACAGGUCCCACUCGAGGCCACGUGUCCCCCGGGGACCUGUCAGCCCCUGUGUCCCCCCACCGUGUCCCCCCCCGUGUCACUCCUCGUGUUCCCCCCCCCCCCCGUCCCCACCCUUUCCUGCGCCUGAGUCACAGCCGCCGCCUUCCGGGUGCUGCGGGAGCUCCUGGGGCGUCCGUCUGUCCCGCCGUCUGUCUGCGCCAGGCGGGUCCCCGUUCGGUCCCAAUGUCACCCGCCCGGGGCUGCACAUCUGGCGGGUGGAGAAGCUUCAGCCGGUCGAGGUCCCCGAGGGGACACGGGGUGUCUUCUUCUCGGGGGACGCGUACCUGGUGCUGCACAACGGGCCGGAGGAGCGCGCCCACCUGCACCUCUGGAUGGGCCGGGACUCCUCGCAGGAUGAGCAGGGCGCCUGUGCCCUCCUGGGCACCCAGCUGAGCGCGCUGCUGGGCGAGCGCCCGGUCACGCACCGCGAGGCGCAGGGACACGAGUCCGACACCUUCAUGGGGCACUUCCCGCGCGGGGUCACCUACCAGGAAGGGGGGGUGGCCUCGGCGUUCAGGGCCCCCCGCCCCGGCGCUGGUCCUGUGCGCAAACUCUACCAGGUGAAGGGCAAGAGGAACAUCCGGGCGAGCGAGCGCGACGUGACCUGGGGCAGCUUCAACACCGGCGACUGCUUCAUCCUGGACCUGGGCCAGACCCUGUUUGUGUGGUGCGGGGCCCGGUCCAACGUGCUGGAGCGCGGCCGGGCGCAGGAGUUGGCCGCCGCCAUCCGGGACGGCGAGCGGGGCGGCAAGGCUGGCCUGGAGAUCGUGGUGGAUGGUGAGGAGCCACCUGAGAUGCUCCAGGUGCUGGGCCCCAAGCCCACCUUGCGGGAGGGCAGCCCCGAGGAGGACGCCGUGGCCGACCAGAAGAACGUGGGGGCAGCCGUUCUCUACAAGGUGUCGGACGCAACAGGGCGCAUGGACCUGAGCCCGGUGGCCACCAGUAGCCCCUUCAGCCAGAGCCUGCUGUGCCCUGACGACUGCUUCGUGCUGGACCACAGCGCCGGCGGGAAGGUCUACGUCUGGAAAGGGUGCAAGGCCAACGAGCAGGAGCGGCAGGCGGCCCUGAGGGUGGCCGAGGAGACGAUCGCCCGCAUGGGCCACCCGCCCCACACACAGGUGGAGAUCCUGCCCCAGGGCCGCGAGACGCCGCUCUUCAAGCAGUUCUUCAGCAGCUGGAAGUGAGGAGGUGGCCAUGGGGACAGCAGUGGCACUGGGCUUGUGAUGGCUGUGACAUCCCUGCCAGUGCCUGGCUGCCCCUGUCACCGUGACACCCCUGUCCCCUCCCAUCCCUGUGCCACCCCCCUCCAUGUGCCAUCCCUGUCGCUGUGACAUCCCUGUCCUUGAGCCACCCCCAUCCCUGUGCCACCCAUCCCCGUGCCAUCCCUGUCCUUGUGCCAUCCCUGUCCUUGUGCCAUCCCCACCCCUGUGACAUCCCUGUCCCUGUGCCAUCCCCACCCUGCACCCAGGCCCUGGCGAAUAAAGUGUCAGUGUCAA